GCCCGGCGCAUACGCCGCGCACCGCCGCUUCACUCCUCUACAACGGGUCGCGGGAGGAGCACGCGUCGUUCGCAGUGAAAAAAAGUUUCGAAACAGCCUCUUACCAGUGUUGUAAUCACCGGCCACCACAAUCUCGUAAUCGUGUGUCUAUUGGAAUUACAAUUUGCAAUAGUUUUUGUGACGGUUUUCUCUCAGUGCAUUCAGUGUUGGAACCGCAUUCCAAACCGGUGUUCUUUAAUGGACGAGUGUAACUACUACUGUGUGUGUUUAGCGACUGGUUUAGUGUUGCUGUUGACUAGUGCUUAGAAAGUUCCCAUAGCUAACCCUAUCGACCCAUUCAUAAUGUAAGAUUGAAAAAACUAAUUAGAAAAAUGGCCCGCGGUAGACUUAGUGAAAACGAACGUCAUUGCUUGGACUCUAACGGCCAGGAGAUUGAAAAACAGGAUGUAAAAACGAAUGGUUUAAGAGUUCGCUUUCUUGAUGAAGAGGGGAAAACUGAAAGAACUGUGAGCGCUGAUGAAGUUGACAGUACUGUAACAAGUGUAAAAAAGAUUCACAUACUUAAGAACAGAAGUUCUAGCGACACUAGUAUACUUCUUAGAAAUUCCUCUUUAAUCAAACGUCGUUCGAACGAGCGCAGGUACAGCGAUGGCAAUCCCGAUAAUCUGAACAAUAACUCUUUGAAAGAGAAUCUGAACGGUAGAAGUGAAUCAGAAAAGACUGAGGAUGGUACCAAAGACAGCCAUUAUCGACGGAACUGCAACGUAUACAGCGUUAAUCAAGCCAAGACUCUGACGCCGGAGCGUAAACGGAUUCCGCUGACAAUUCCGCGGCUAAUCAGCCACAAAGAGCACGUGAAGAGUAUAUUGCCCGCAGAAGUAUGUUUGGGGGAUGUACCUGUUGGCAAGGAUUUCACGAGCCGCGCCAUUGGGAAGCUGUCACGAGGUCUGGGGAGGCUUUUGCGUCGCACCAACAGUGUGCGUAUCAGCGAGCCUGAUCCAGUGUACAAGGUCGCCUACCUAGGCAACGUACUCACCGGAUGGGCCAGAGGUGAAGGUUGCAUAGAGAAGCCGCUUGCGACGUUGUGGCGCAAUUACCAGCAAUCUACAAAACCGGACGUAGUCAUGAAACUCUCAGUCACCAACUCCGGCCUGAAAGGCAUCACCAAAGAACACGGCCUCACAGAGUAUUGGUCCCACCGCAUUACCUAUUGCACGAGCCCUCCACAUUACCCUAAGCUCUUCUGUUGGGUCUACCGACAUGAAGGUAAAAAACUUAAACACGAGCUACGAUGCCACGCCGUACUUUGCACCAAAGAAUCCAUUUCAAAGAAAAUAACAGAAGAAUUACAAAUUAAGUUAAAACAGGCACUAGUCGAAUUUAAGAAAGAUCGAAUUUCUAAACAAAACGCUAGGCUAAGUCUUGCUAACAGCGUCUACGAUAAUCCCAGCAUGCCUCGCAGAAAAAUACUACUCAGUGUUGGCGCGCUUAAUUAUAGGCCGCCCUUAGAAAGAUCUAAAUCUGCUCCUAAACUUGGUGCUAUCGAAGAACUCUGUUCCGAAGAAGAUGAAGAGGAAGCUGAAAUAAGUAGUAAAAAGGAUGUAUCUAACUUUUAUGAUACUCAAACAUUAGACAGGCGGCGAUCAGAUAUUAAAUCGCCAAGAAAAAUGUCGUGUCCAGAAAAUGUUAUCAAAAGGAUUCGAUCUGAAUCUGAAGGAUCUAAUGGCGCUACUGAAGAUAUAGUAACUUUACUUGUGCAAGAAAGUAAACUUAAAACUGAUGUGGAAGAAAAAGAUGAAAAUGAUAGCGAUAAAUUAGAUGCGAUUGUAGAAAUCAGAGAAAUGACUACGACAAGCGAAAGAAAAGAGUUAAUGUCACAAAGUAACUACCUCGUCACGGAUAGCGACGAUGGGUCAGUUUCUUCGGGAUGUGAGACAGCUAGCACCGUCACUUCAUCUGAUGCUGAGCCCAUCUCCCUCCCUCAAUUCCCAGAAGAGCAUAAGGAUGAUAGUGACGAGGAGAGAGCUUCGGCUUUUUGCAGGGAAAUUUACGAGUCCACGCGAAAGAGUAGCAGAAGCUACUCAAACACAAUACAUGGAAUAGACGAUGCAAAUGAAUUAAGUCUAGCCUCUGAUGAGGUAAACCACAUACCGAUUGGUGAAAACAAUGGUUUUCGACGACGUUCGACGUACCCGCCUCCUAAUAGUAAUCUUGAUGGUAAAUUUGAAUCCCUACUGGAUAAUCUAACUGACGUGGAGAGUUUGCACUCGAGCACCGAGACUGAUGUUUUUAAAACUGUCGGUGACAACGACAGCGCGUGCAGCGACGAAUCGGGUUAUUCUGAGCUGCUUGAUAAAGAUAGCAUUAUUGGUAAUACUAUAAUGGUUUAAUUUAUGUGAGGCGACAUAAUGCACCGGUAAGAUAGUAAAAAUAGUGUGAAUAGAUAAAUAUUUGUGUAAAUAAAAGCAAAUUGUUUUACAGAAAUUUUGUGUAUAUACAGUUAUAGAACAUUUAAGUCGAUACAUUGGAGAAUCUAUAUUAUUUUAUUCUAUAUCAUAUGACCGCAGUAAUAAUCUAUUUAACGUAUUUAACGUGAAUGUAGUAACAUCUCAAAUCAAUUAUUGUAAGUAUUCUUGUCACAUCGUCACGGUUACUUGAUACUUACACAUUCCAUGUAUACUGUAACUGUCAUUCACCCGUUUGUAGACGAAAUUACUAUAAAAAUAAAUAU